CUGUCUUUUCCUCCCCUUUUCUUCACUCCAUUCAUUCCCUCCACUCCUCCCUCCUUCAGUUCAGUAUGGUGGAGGUGAGCGAUGAGAACUACACACGUGUGUCAGAGUUUGUGAUCGUGGGUUUCCCGGGGCUCCACCCAUCCUAUUUCCAGCUGAUGGCCUGGUUCUUCUUCUUCAUCUAUGUCACCACGAUAUCGGGGAACUUCCUGCUGGUUGGGCUGUUUGUCCUGGAGAAGAGCCUGCAGAAACCCAUGUACAUUAUCAUGCUCAGCCUUGCCUUGUCUGAUAUUGGUAAGAUACUCAGUCUGACCCUGUCCGAUAUUGGUAAGAUACUCAGUCUGACCCUGUCCGAUAUUGGUAAGAUACUCAGUCUGACCCUGUCCGAUAUUGGUAAGAUACUCAGUCUGACCCUGUCCGAUAUUGGUAAGAUACUCAGUCUGACCCUGUCCGAUAUCGGUAAGAUACUCAGUCUGACCCUGUCCGAUAUCGGUAAGAUACUCAGUCUGACCCUGUCCGAUAUCGGUAAGAUACUCAGUCUGACCCUGUCCGAUAUCGGUAAGAUACUCAGUCUGACCCUGUCCGAUAUCGGUAAGAUACUCAGUCUGACCCUGUCCGAUAUCGGUAAGAUACUCAGUCUGACCCUGUCGGAUAUUGGUAAGAUACUCAGUCUACCCUCCUCUCCAGGCUUUGCCACGGUGGCCCUCCCCAAGGUGAUAGCUCGAUGGUGGUGGGACGAUGGCAGGAUUUCCUUCCAUACCUGCCUAUUCCAGGAACAGAUGAUCCAUUACUUUGGCAACUUGAAUUCUCAGAUUAUGAUGACCAUGGCUAUGGACCGGUACCUGGCUAUCUGUCACCCUCUCAGGUACCUUCAGAACAACAACAAAUCAAGUGUUGUAAUUGUAUUGGUAAUAAAUAUACCCAAUGUUAAUGACCAACCAGACUAUGAGCUGUUUAACAGUCUUCUCCUGGAUGUCAGCCACAGUCACACCUGCCAUCGGCACCAUGGACUUCACCAGGAACAUUUGAGUAUGACUACUGUGUGUUUUUUCUACCAGAAAGUGGCAUUCUGUGGCCCCAACCAUAUCCUCCAUGCGUACUGUGAUGCUGUGUCUCUGACUAAACUUGCCUGCUCCAACGUGGUGGAAAUCCAGGGGAGUUCCUUUGGCCUGGCCAUGUUCGUCCUCCUCGUGCCCUUCACCUUCAUCAUCUUUUCCUACGUUAAUAUCAUUGUCUCUGUGAUGCACAUAGCCAACGCACAGGGCAGGCUGAAGACCUUCUCUACCUGUGCUACUCAGGGGUGUAUCAUCCUCAUCUAUUACAUCCCCCGCUUCGUAGUCUACUGUACACCCUACUUUCCAAACCUGACCAUGACCCCUGACCUCCGCAUCAGCCUCACCCUAAUCUACAGCCUGUUCCCCCCAGUCGCCAACCCGUUCAUCUACUGCUUCAGGACUAAAGAGAUCAGGGCCAUUCUGGUUCGCUGGGGACAUGGCUGGAGGAACAACAUGACAGAACAGAAUAAACCAAACUCCAUCGCUGUCAUCACUAAAUGAGGGGUUUGACAGGGUUAGUGUCAGGAUUAGGGUAAAGGAGACAAUGUUAUAACCUGUUAUUAUAAUAUGAUAAUUCAGGAUAAUAGCAUAUUUACAGACAAAACCCAACACUGUGGUUUUUAUCACUAGACGAAUCAUAAAGUUCUGUAUCAGAGUAAAAGAAUAUAUCAGGGCUGUCAAAAUGAACUUGUUAACCCAUGCGAUUAUUUAAAAAAUGCUUAACACCGUUAAUUGGUUUGUUGCUGUUAAAGCAUUUUAGUUUUUUCAAGCCUCAGAACCAUUGUUAGUGCUUGAUUUGAGUAGAAGCUGUCACUUAUUGAUUUGCAACAGUGUACGGUAACUUUGUUUGCCACUUGUGCUGGAGUGGUCCAGAGCACUUCACAUUUUUUGCCAGAGCGCCUAAGCAGAACCAGCCAAGAAGAUCGAAUGUCUCUUGUCACCUUCAGAAGCUACAUUAUAGCAAGCCUAAAAUAAAACUGUUCACUGUUGUAUUGCGACUAUUUCUGGUGGAUUUUCGAAGUACG